AUGGACGAGGCCCCGAUCCCACGAGAGAUCAAGCUCUACCUGUCCACCGGUAGCUUCCUGAAUGCGACGCGCCUCCCGGGGGAGAUGGCCGAUGACGAAUGGGCACACUACAAGAUCCAGUGCAGGGGCCAGGACCACAUCCUCCCCAAACUCGUCAACACCAUCCGCGAUGACCUCGAGCGCUCGAUCCUCCUCCGGAUGACCUACCUCGAGGGCGAGAACCCCACGAUGAAGCUUCAUGGUUUCCUCCAGGGCCCUGGGCGGCCACGGGCGCGUCAAGAGCAGCGGGACUGGUGCCACUGCUCUGAGGCGCUGUGGUGGCCUUCGCCCUUCAUCGAGUGUGCCGGGAUGCCCGCCUACAACCCGGUCGAGGCUCAUGUGGAACGAUUCCAAGGACAAUUCGCCGAGAAAAACCAAUCAAAAGGACAGUCGGAGUCAACAAGGGAUGGAGAGGGCUGCGGGAGGAUCAUCAAGGUUGCUUCAUGGAAGUUCCCACAAAAGACGAUCAUUUCAUAUGCUGACACCGUUCAGAAGGUGACAGUGGCGCCAUCGGUCACGCUGAGGACAAAGUAUAGGUCUGAGCCAGUCGUCUGGAACCGGGGCGACCUUACUGGCUUCCGAGCCAAAACUGAUCAUUCGCAAGUCACAAAAUGCAUUGCGGUAACGCGCCUGUGA